AUGUCCAAUGUGUUCAUAGAUGACUGGUGCCAACACCACGUGUCAGUAGUGCGACGCCGUGCCCUGCAGGUCACUGCCGGCGACGCCGUGCCCUGCAGGUCACUGCCGGCGACGCCGUGCCCUGCAGGUCACUGCCGGCGACGCCGUGCCCUGCAGGUCACUGCCGGCGACGCCGUGCCCUGCAGGUCACUGCCGGCGACGCCGUGCCCUGCAGGUCACUGCCAGCGACGCCGUGCCCUGCAGGCCACUGCCAGCGACGCCGUGCCCUGCAGGUCACUGCCGGCGACGCCGUGCCCUGCAGGUCACUGCCGGCGACGCCGUGCCCUGCAGAUCACUGCCGGCGACGCCGUGCCCUGCAGGUCACUGCCAGCGACGCCGUGCCCUGCAGAUCACUGCCGGCGACGCCGUGCCCUGCAGGCCACUGCCGGCGACGCCGUGCCCUGCAGAUCACUGCCGGCGACGCCGUGCCCUGCAGGCCACUGCCGGCGACGCCGUGCCCUGCAGGUCACUGCCGGCGACGCCGUGCCCUGCAGAUCACUGCCGGCGACGCCGUGCCCUGCAGGUCACUGCCAGCGACGCCGUGCCCUUCAGGCCACUGCCAGCGACGCCGUACCCUGCAGGCCACUGCCGGCGACGCCGUGCCCUGCAGGCCACUGCCAGCGACGCCGUGCCCAGCAGGCCACUGCCAGCGACGCCGUGCCCUGCAGGCCACUGCCGGCGACGCCGUGCCCUGCAGGUCACUGCCGGCGACGCCGUGCCCUGCAGGUCACUGCCGGCGACGCCGUGCCCUGCAGGUCACUGCCGGCGACGCCGUGCCCUGCAGAUCACUGCCGGCGACGCCGUGCCCUGCAGGUCACUGCCAGCGACGCCGUGCCCUGCAGGCCACUGCCAGCGACGCCGUGCCCUGCAGGCCACUGCCGGCGACGCCGUGCCCUGCAGAUCACUGCCGGCGACGCCGUGCCCUGCAGAUCACUGCCGGCGACGCCGUGCCCUGCAGAUCACUGCCGGCGACGCCGUGCCCUGCAGGUCACUGCCAGCGACGCCGUGCCCUGCAGGCCACUGCCAGCGACGCCGUGCCCUGCAGGCCACUGCCGGCGACGCCGUGCCCUGCAGGCCACUGCCAGCGACGCCGUGCCCUGCAGGCCACUGCCAGCGACGCCGUGCCCUGCAGGCCACUGCCGGCGACGCCGUGCCCUGCAGAUCACUGCCGGCGACGCCGUGCCCUGCAGAUCACUGCCGGCGACGCCGUGCCCUGCAGAUCACUGCCGGCGACGCCGUGCCCUGCAGAUCACUGCCGGCACGUGA